UGGUGUCGAGCUCAGAGCUCAUGGCCGUCCCUGGUUAAGUCACGCAGACGCAAACAGGGCAGAGACACAAGGAGUGAAGCGACGACAACAUCUCCUCACCUGACAUGGGGAUCUAAGCGCCAACUUUUCCUGUUCCUGUCCAAAAGGUUUGCUCAGAUGGAUCGUUGUAGAGCCAGGAUGACGGUGCUGUUAGUCUCUCUGCUGGUUUUGGCCACCUCGAGUUACGGCGUACAGAGAGCGCCUCGCAUCAUCACCUUACUGGAGACAGUGGAUGUGCUCCUGGAUCACAACGCCACCUUCAUCUGUGAGGUGGAGUCUCGUCCACCGGCUGAUGUCACCUGGACCAAGAACAACCACCCCAUCAUGUACUAUGACGCCCGCUACCUUCUCAGAGAACAGGGCCAGAUGCUCGUCGUCCCUCAUGUGAGAGAGACCGAUAACGGAGAGUACUGCUGCCUUGCCAGUAACGGCAUUGGAGAGCCUGCCAAGAGCUGUGGAGCCCUUCAGCUGAAGAUGAAGCCACAGAUCAAACGCCAUCCUACCAACGUGACCCUUCUCGUAGAAUCCAAAGCGGUGCUGCCAUGUGUUACCCUCGGCAACCCUAAGCCGGAUGUCACCUGGCUCAAGGACGAUGAGCUUAUCAAGAUCAGCGACCGGGUUACCAUCCUGGACUAUGGUGCACUGAAAAUCCAUAACAUCCAGAAGGAGGAUGCAGGACAGUAUCGCUGUGUAGCCAGGAAUAGCUUCGGCUUGGCCUUUUCAAAGCCUGUCACCAUAGAGGUACAGGCUCCAGCUCGAAUCCUGCGGGUUCCAAAGGAGAGGAGAGUUACGUAUGGUAGCCAGAUUUCCCUGGAGUGCAACGCCACAGGAAAUCCGAUCCCCACCAUCACCUGGCUGGAAAAUGGGAAUACUAUUGUAGGUGCAUCAGUGGAGGAGACCAUGGUAGGAGAGGUGAUACUGUCUGUUCUGAAAGUGACGGUCAACAAGCCGGCUCUGUACACCUGUCUGGCCUCCAACAAACACAGCGCUGGAGCCAACACCGUCAAAGCAACGGCCAGAGUCACUGUGGCAGAGUGGAGACUUUAUAAGGGCGUCGCUGGCUACUGCAGUGCGUAUCGUGGAGACGUCUGCCGCACAAUUCUGCACGACGAUUCGCUGGUUUUCUUUAACUCCUCCCACUCGGACCCAGAGGACAUGCAGGAGUACCUGGUUCAGAGCUGGUGGGCGGAGCUAGAAGGACUCAGCGGGCUGUGCAGUCCUGCAGUACAAUCACUGCUUUGCCAUUUCUCGUUCCCCGACUGCAACCCAUCGGGCUUAGGACCUGCUCCCAAACCUGUGUGCAGAGAGCACUGCCUGGCGGUGAAGGAGCUGUACUGCCAUAAGGAGUGGAUGGUGCUGGAGGGCAGCAGCUCAGUGCAGCACGGCCUCUUCAGCGCCAUCACUGGGUCUCACGCUCCAAACUCACUGCUGCCCAACUGUCAGGCCUUACCCAGUCUUCGCACAGACCCUGAUGCUUGUACAUACGUUCCUUUUGUAGACAUCAAGAAAGAUCAGAUUACGACAACGUGCUACAGCGACAGAGGUCGCUUCUACCAAGGCAGCGUGAAUGUGACGAGGUCCGGGAUACCGUGUCAGCCUUGGAGCCUGCAGGUUCCCCACCAGCAUCGCCUGUCUGUGGAUGUGAUUCCAGAGCUGAAGAAUUCAGAGAACCACUGCAGGAACCCAGGAGGAAUCAGCGACAAGCCCUGGUGUUACACCUCCAACCCGAACAUACGCUGGGAGUACUGCACUGUGCCACAGUGUGGGGAGAUCAGCACAGCAGCAGUGACGAAGCCGGAGUCUGCAGGCCCUCGUCAGACUCCUCGCCUCCCCCCGACGACCACCAUCUCAUCUCCAGCCUACUCCAUGUCCGUCAUCGUCAUCGUCCUCACCUCGCUCGCGACUGCCGUCUUCCUCGCCAUCGUCAUCCUCGCCUGCCGCAGACGGAGGAAGCAGUGGAGGAACCGGAAGAGGGUGAUGGAGACCCCGACGCUGAGCGCCCUUCCGUCCGAGCUCCUGCUGGAUCGACUCCACCCAAACCCCAUGUACCAGCGAGUCCCGCUGCUGCUCAACUCCAAGCUGCUGGCCCUCGAGUAUCCCCGAAAUAACAUCCAAUAUGUUAGAGAUAUCGGGGAGGGAGCGUUUGGACGGGUGUUCCAGGCCAGAGCACCAGGCCUGCUGCCCAUGGAGUCUUUCACGAUGGUGGCUGUGAAGAUGCUGAAGGAGGAAGCCUCAGCUGACAUGCAGAACGACUUCCAGAGAGAAGCAGCGCUCAUGGCCGAGUUUGACCAUCCGAACAUUGUGCGACUCCUGGGUGUGUGUGCAGUGGGAAAACCGAUGUGUCUGAUGUUCGAGUACAUGGCCCACGGCGACCUCAACGAGUUCCUGCGUCGCCGAUCUCCCACCCAAUCGGUGCGAACCCUCAGCCGAGCUAGUCUCUCCGGUCGCAGUUUCUCCUCCGAUGGGGAGGCGGGACCUCUGUCCUGUUCGGAGCAGCUAUCCAUUUCCAAGCAGAUUGCUGCAGGGAUGGCCUACCUAUCGGAGCGCAAGUUCGUCCACCGUGACCUCGCCACCCGGAACUGCCUGGUCGGGGAGGAAAUGGUGGUGAAGAUUGCAGACUUCGGUCUCUCCAGAAACAUCUACUCGGCCGAUUACUACAAAGCCAACGAGAACGACGCCAUCCCCAUUCGCUGGAUGCCCCCGGAGUCGAUCUUCUAUAACCGCUACACCACAGAGUCAGAUGUGUGGGCCUAUGGGGUGGUGUUGUGGGAGAUUUUCUCCCAUGGGAUGCAGCCAUACUACGGUAUGGGUCAUGAGGAGGUCAUUUACUACGUGAGGGAUGGUCACAUCCUGUCCAGUCCUGAGAACUGUCCUCUGGAGUUGUACAAUCUGAUGAGGCUUUGUUGGAGCACACACCCAUCAGACAGGCCGAGCUUCAGCAGCAUCCAUCGGAUACUGGAGCGGAUGCACCAAAACAGACUAAGCAUGAACGCUGAGACUGAAGCAGACUGCUAACUUCAACGAAAGCCUUAGUUCCUGUGUAGAAAACAAAGCAUUGAGUUGUGGAGUGAUUUGGUGCCUGGAAACACUUUAAAAGAACCCCGAGAUGGAGCCCAAGCACAAGACAAAGGUACCACAGAGUCGUUUUCCGCCUGUUUUUUAUUUCAAGAGAGCCAAACUGAAGCCUUUACCUGCUUUGUGUCACAAAUAUGUCAUGUUGAAGUAGCUGCUGCUACCUGUUGACAUACCUGUUACCUGUCCAUCACACUGAUACUCGUUAGUUAGCAAUGAUGCCAAACGUGUGAAUGAACAGCCUCUUCAGAAACUUAAACACAAACCAUUCAGAUGUACACGGGGCGCUCAAAAAGCUCCAAUCCACACCUACAAAAUGCAAACGCUGUCGCGGACAUUUGGAGCACUCCUCAGAAGUCCCGUUUUAUAAACAUGUCAGAUUCAUCUGCAACAUCUGUGUCAGAACAGCGAUCCUUCCACUUCAACUUCAUUUUGGACAUGAGGAACAUGUUUGCAGGAAACCAAAUCUGGCGAGUACAGCAGGUGUUGAAGGACAAUUUUGUUGGUGCAGCCAAAACAUUUGCAUGUUCUCAACAUGCUGCGAGCAGGCCUGAUGAAGCACCACAACUCUGGUUGUUUGGACUGAGAACUCACUGCAGGUUCUUCCACAGCAGCGCUUGGUGACAGCCCAGCCUCUCCACAUCAGUGAUGAUCCUUGACAUAGAGCCUGUUUCCUGACAUCCAGAUGUGACACAGCGCUACUUCUACAGGUGAAACUGCACAUGGUCACUAAGAAACAGGUGAAACAAGGUCCCUGUGCUAAUCAACCUGACAGGAAGUCUGGAUUCACAGGAGUUACUGCUCACACUUGCUGCAUGACAUUUAUCCUCCAUGAAAUGACAAUCAGAAGCUCUGACUGAACCAUGAUAGGAACUAAAGCUCCUUGUUGAGCAUCAUCCACUGCAUGUUGGAAUGAUUGGAUCUUUUUGUUCUUGUCAUCGUGAACCCUGAAGCAGAUUUCUGACGGGGUGCCGUGCUGCUCACUGGUCACUGAGAGAUGCAGUCUGUGGAAAGUUAUUCCUAUAAUAGUAUCCGGACAACACACUGAUGACAGUCAGUUCUGGUGCCGUAUGAUCGGAUCACAGCUCGCUAAUUCCACAGUGGCACACAAUCACUUUAAACCAUUGCUGUUGAUUGUUUUGUAGACAAACUGCGAUUCCAUUUUUGGGCAUUCUUGUUUAAUUUGUACUUUUCUUGAUGUUGAUCUGUGUUGUUGAUCAUUGUUUGACGUAACGAUAAACCCAGCAGGCGUGUAGGUUGUUCUAGUCCUCCAACACGUCAUCGGUGUCCACGAGGCGCAGACACACAUUUAGUCUAAUUAAAAUUAUGCAGAACUUCAUUAUCUGGAUCCAUUCCUGUGCCUUAAAAUAGACUCUUUCAUGAGUGAAGAAUGGCCAAAAUGUUCCCAAUGUGCAAAUAGAUCCUCACUGUGAAGGACUGAAUGUUGAAUGGGCGUCAGAUCAGACUUUUCAUUUCAGCUGUUACAUUAAAAUCUGGGUCCUGGACUCGGUGUGGGUCCAGUGUUCACAUCACAUUACAACAACUACGAUGAGGUAAUAUCAGAGAAAAUACGUUUAAUUUGAACGUUUUCUUUCUUUAUAAAUACAGUGUGAUGUUACGUUUUGGUUAUGUUACAGAAACUUUAUUGUUUUUGCCAAACUUUCUUGACAUUAUGAUAUUUCUUUGUAUUGCUUGCAAAUAAACAGAAUUAUUCAACACGUUUUAUUGGAGAUUCAGGAAAAAUGUGUCUGAAGGGGAAUGAAACUGCUUUUUCAGUGCAUGCGUUCUGAACGCUGUAGCAGUCAUGUUAACACGCUGAUGACUACGAGUUACCACGAAGCUCAGCUGGAGGCAGUGUCACUCAUUUUGCUGCUCGUGGGUCAGAACUCAAAAUGUUGAACCGUCCAACGUAAUAAAGAGAUUUCAUUACCAC